AUGAAGCACUAUGUUGCAGCUCUGCGUAUUCGUCGUUUGGAGAAUUUAGAGGUGGAUUUGAUUUUUUCAAUGAUGAGGUACGUGAAUAUUGCGGUUACGGAAUCUAAUGUUGACUCCGUACGACAACUAAUUAAAACUGCUCUGCGUAUUCGUCGUUUGGAGAAUUUAGAGGUGGAUACGAUUAUCUCAAUGAUGAGGUACGUAAAUAUCGCGGUUACAGAAUCUAAUAUUGACUCCAAAAUUAUAUCGACUAUGAAGUUCGCAAUUGUGUUGGCCGUUGCUCUGGUGUCCGUGGUUGCUGAGGAGACAUACAGUACGGAGAACGAUAAUUUCGACUUGGGCGCAGUACUCGCUGAUGUAGAGAAAUUGCGCCCGUUCUCUGGAUGUUUCUUGGACAAGAAUCCAUGCGAUGACCUUACUAGCGCCUUCAAGAAGGACAUACCAGAAGCUGUUCAGCAAGCUUGUGCUAAAUGCAAUGACCGACAGAAGCAACUAAUGAAGCAGUACUUGGAGGGUAUCAAGGAGAAGUUACCCCAGGACUACGUGGAUUUCAAGAAGAAGUACGACCCUGAAAACAAAUACUUUGAAAAUUUAAACAAGGCAGUUGGAAUCGCUUAAAUUAUAU